AUGGUGGCUGAAGCAGAGGUGUUUCACCAGAGCUUGCCGGCGCUGGAAGUCCAGUACCGGCGAAAAGCAAAGGAGGUAGCGGUGGCGGCAACAGCGACGGCGACGGCAGCGCCGCCGGUGAUCUUGGAGGAAGUGAGCGCGGCGGCCGAGGUGGAGGUCCUAGCGGUGGCGGCGGACCUUGUGAGUCCCAUCUCCCCUCCACCUUCAUCCUUUUUCUCCUCCUCCUCCUCCUGGUUUUCAAACCCUAGUGCAGUGGUUUCUCCAUCUUCCUUCCCUGUUCUUCCUGUUCUAGGUUUUGGGACUUGUCAUCUCCAGGAUGGGAGGGAUAGGUCUCAUCCAAUAGGUUUUCUCCAGGCCAAUUUUGAUUCCCUGUACCAGAGAUUCGAUCUGUCUCGGUCAUGCCAGCGGAGAGGUUUGGAGGAUCAGAUUAGCGGCGACGGCCUAUCGAUUUCCUCUGGAAAUUCAUGGCUGAUCUCUCUCCGGGGGUUUCCCCCUUCCCCUUCUCCCUCUUCCGAUUCUCGGCAAAGCUAAUCGCCCUCUAGAUUCCUGCUACGAACCUUCCCUGCAACCAAUCAUCAGACAAUCGUGAACUCCCAAGCCCGCCAUCGUUGACUCCGCCCACAUUCCCGUGUUCUUCCUCCUUAAAUGGGCAUUAAAUUCCCGGAAGAUCUCUCCUAGGGUUUUCAAACUCGGGCGAAAAUCUCGAACUCUUAUUAACGAAAAAAAAUCCAGCGGUGGGGAUGGAGAUUUGAUCGAAUUCUGACUUUUUUUUCUUUUUUUUUUUUGGUUGCAGGAUCUCAGAUCAUCGUCGUCGUCAGAGGCCUCGACCACGGCGGCGGAGUUCGUCCCCUUCAUCCGCUCCGGCAGCUUCGCCGACGUCGGCCCGAGGAGGUACAUGGAGGACGAGCACAUCCGCAUCGACGAUCUCGCCGCCCACAUGGGAUCCAUCUUCAGAUGCCCCACUCCCAGCGCCUUCUACGGGGUGAGCAACCGGACCGUUGCGGACCGUCCGCCGCCGACAAGCUCCAUAGACUGAAAGCUUCCCCCUCCUCGCAGGUUUUCGACGGUCACGGCGGCGCCGACGCGGCGGAGUACGUGAGGAAGCACGCGGUGAGGCUCUUCUUCGAGGACGUCGACUUCCCGCAGGCUUCACAGGCGGAUGAGAGGUUCCUGGAGGAGGUGGCGAGCUCCGUCCGGCGGGCAUUCCUCCUCGCCGACGACGCCCUCGCCGAGGACUGCGCCGUCAGCAGAUCCUCCGGCACCACCGCUCUUACCGCUCUCGUCUUCGGCAGGUGGGUACUCAUCCCCCGAUUCUCCAUCCAUCCAUGGCGGAGAAUUGCAGGUCUUCUUUCUCUGAUCUGCGCUGUAUAUUUCUGGGCAGGGAGCUGCUGGUGGCGAACGCGGGCGAUUGCAGGGCGGUGCUCUGCCGGAAAGGGGAGGCGGUGGAGAUGUCUCUGGACCACCGGCCGGUGCGGGCGGCGGAGCGGCGGCGGGUAGAGGAGUGCGGCGGGUACGUCGACGACGGGUACCUCAACGGAGUCCUCUCCGUGACGAGGGCGCUGGGGGACUGGGACAUGAAGAAGCCGACGCGGGGGGCGGCGGCGCCGCCGUCGCCGCUGAUCGCAGAGCCGGAGUUCCGGCGAGCAGAGCUGACGGAGGACGACGAGUUCCUGAUUAUCGGCUGCGACGGCAUCUGGGACGUGAUGACGAGCGAGCACGCCGUCGCCGUCGUGCGGCGGGGGCUGCGGCGGCACGACGACCCGGAGAAGAGCGCGAGGGAUCUCGUGAUGGAGGCGCUGCAGCUGAAGACCUUCGAUAACUUGACGGUGAUCGUCAUCUGCUUCUCCGCCGAGCACAGGGAGCGUCCGGCGGCGGCAGCGGCGGCGGGUGGUGGCGGCAGGUUGAAGUAUUGCAGCCUCUCCGCGGAGGCACUGUGCCAGUUGAAGAGCUGGAUAUACGACGGGGGCAGCGGGUGA